AUGUUUAUAUUUCCCUAUAGAGACAAGAAAAGUCUAGAUGAUUUAGCGGCGCAACACGGUGCUGAAUUGGUACUGGUUGACGAUCCUAAGCUACUGUUUCCCACGGCACAGAGGAUAGCGGAAGAGGAGGGACGCACCUUCGUACACCCUUUCGAUAGCGUAUACACUAUGCAAGGCACUGCUACUGCUGGAUUAGAGCUCACAACGCAGGUCCCAAAAUUAGACGCGAUGUUAUUGCCAAUUGGUGGCGGUGGUCUCUGCGGCGGAUUUGCUGCGGCGGUCAAACAGGUGUGGCCGGAGUGCCAAAUCAUUGGCGUAGAACCAACAGGUGCAAGCACCAUGCAUGACAGCUUUGCCGCGGAGGAAGCUGUCUUUGCCGAGAGUAUAUCGACUAUUGCUGAUUCGUUAGCUCCCCCGAUGGCGACCCCGUUCUCAUACUCGGUUAAUCGGGCUUUUUUGGACAAAGUGGUCCUCGUCUCGGAUGAACAGCUUGUGGACGCGAUGCGACUCAUAUUCCGUGGGCUGAAGUGUGCCGUCGAACCGGCCGCUGCAGCAACCACAGCUGCACUCAUUGGCCCGUUGAAGGAGGAAUUAGCCGGCAAGAAAGUGGGCGUCAUACUGUGUGGAUCCAAUAUUGAGAUAGAUGACUUCAUGGGCAAAGUUGUAUAGUAAAGUAGUUUUGACAAUGGUACUGUUUGAGUAUAGGGAUUGGUUAUCUAAGGGUGAUCUAAGUCUGGUUACUUCAAUGUUAGGUACUCUGAAGCUUACAUGGCAUGAGAAGAAGUUCCCCAGAUCGUUAUGUCCUGCUUUUGCCAUGUGUGAAAAGGGAUUGGUCUGUGCAAGUGCUAAGAAUCUUGGGUGGAUGCUUCAAUAUUGUAUGGGUUAAUAAACUAAUAACUGUACCGAUUCGAAGGCAGAUAUCAACCGUCCAUGUGAGGAAAUCUAUUUCGGAAAUUACUACAUCAAUUGUGUUCGUCAGGCUAAAGGCUUACAUAUCCAUCUCAUAGAUAAUUGCGA